GGCCUCUCAGCUCAGCAGGUUUCACUACUUUGUGGUUAAAGGUGCAGGUGUAAAUUACCAGAGUGGAAUUUGCUGCACGUCCUUUAACUGGGAACUAUUAUAUAGACCUCGAGCAAAAUCUCCACGCCUCUUUGAACUCAGGAGUGCCAAAAGUGAAGAGUUACCAGAAUACCAGGGAGCAAAAUCAGGAGGAGUGAGAGAAAUCAGGAAAUAUGAGAAGAUAAUUGCAAAAUGGCUGUCAGAUUUCAGGAUCAGGUCGUAGAGAUGGAGGAAACUCUGAUAUGGGAGCAGCAAACGGUAGUGAUAAAUCGGGAUUCAAAGAUAGGAUUUGGCAUUGCGAUAUCUGGUGGGAAGGACAAACCCAACAUCAGCACUGGAGAAACUGCCAUUCUCGUUUCAGAUGUUGUUCGGUCUGGACCAGCUGAAGGGAAGAUCCUGAUAAAGGACAGGAUUGUUAUGGUGAAUGGCGUUUCCAUGGAAAAUGUGCCCUCUUCAUUUGCCAUCCAGUGUCUAAAGAGUUCUGGGAAAUCUGCGAACAUAACAGUGAAGAGGCCCCGUAAAGUACAAAUUCCUGUGACUAACACAGCACCAGUAACCAGCUACCAUUCCAGUCGAUCAGACUAUGCACAUGAUGAUGCUUCUGAUGAGGAUGAAGACUAUGAUCCAGCUGACAGGAGACUAAGAAGGAUUCAGAACCAAAAUCUGUACCAUGGUGACUACCAUCACAGUGAUGACUAUGACCAGGACUCCGGCAGAAAUCGCAGCUACAAUAGGAGUCCCAGCCCCUCAAGGAGCUACGGUCAGAGUCCCAGCCCCUCAAGGAGUCACGGUCGGAGUCCCAGCCCCACAAGGAGCUACGAGUGGAGUCCCAGCCCCUCAAGGAGCUACGAUCGGAGUCCCAGCCCCUUAAGGAGCUACAAUCAUCAACACAACGAUCAGGAUUACAAUGCUAAGGAGUACAGACGAGAACACAGCCCAACUGGGAGUUACCAUGAAGCUGACCAGUCCAACAGUCACUAUGACCCCCGUGCUAUAAAAAAACCCAUCAAGAGUCUCCUUAUUAAAAAUAAGGUUGACGAAGAAUAUGGCUUGAGAUUGGGGAGUCAAAUUUUCAUUAAACACAUGUCAUCGGGUGGCCUUGCUUCAAAUGAAGGAGUCUUAAAGGAGGGAGACAUCAUACUAAAGAUUAAUGGUAUAGUGACUGAGAAUAUAUCACUGGAAGAUACAAGGACACUAAUUGAGAAGUCAGAGGGGGAGCUGAGGUUGGUGGUCCUUCGGGAUAAUGAACAGUUUCUGAUCAAUGUUCCAGAACUGGUGGACAGUGAUGAAAACAGCCUGGAAUAUUUUUCAGACCCUGAGCCCGAAAGGACAGCUUCACCAAGCGAGAAUCGGUCAAAACGUUAUGUGGUGCAUUCUAACAAUACAAUGAAGAGCAAUGGAAGCUUAAAGCCAAACACAAAGCCAGUGUCAGAGAUGGAGGUCAGACCUACAGCCUCCAAAUCCCCUUAUGUUGUUGAGGAGCCAAUAUAUGCUGCUCCUGUAAAGACUUCAAACACAAGGCCACAGGAUGAAUAUAAUGUUGGCUACAGUCCAGACAUGAAAGUUGCGAGGUUUGUCAAGGAUGCCAGUGUUGGGCUGCAGCUGGCUGGAGGCAAUGAUGUUGGAAUAUUUGUAUCCCGAGUUCUAGAUGAUAGUCCUGCAGCCAGACAGGGAAUCCAGAAAGGAGACCAAAUUCUGCAGGUGAACAAUGUCAACUUCCAAAACCUCACCCGCGAAGAGGCAGUGCUGCUCAUGUUAGAUAUACCGAAAGGAGAGCAGGUGGAGAUUAAAGCCCAGAGGAAGGAGGACAUUUAUAAGAAAAUGAUCAACUCAAAUGUUGGGGACUCUUUCUAUGUGCGAACACACUUUGACCAUGAGGUAGAAGGGACACAGGAUCGAAGCUUCAGGAGAGGAGAGGUUUUCCGAGUCAUCGACACCAUGUACAAAGGGAAGCUGGGAGCAUGGUACGCUGUGCGAAUUGGCCGAGACUUCAAGGAGCAGGAUAAAGGCACCAUCCCAAGCAAGAACAGAGCUGAACAAAUUGCCAAAGCUGAAAUUACUCAGAAAGCCUCAUCUAGUUCAUCGAGUGGAGCACGGGCGGAGUUCUGGAAAAUGCGCGGCCUGCGAGGUGCCAAGAAAAACUUAAGAAAGAGCAGAGAUGACCUUUCAGCCUUGACUAUUCAGGGCAAAUUUCCCCCCUAUGAAAGGGUCAUUCUAAGAGAAGCCAGUUAUAAAAGGCCUGUUGUGAUUCUGGGACCAAUUUCGGAUAUUGCCACCCAGAGACUGGCCCGCGACCUGCCUGACCAGUUUGAGCUUGCCCAAACUGUACAGAGGAAUUCUGAAGAAGUGGGAUCAUCAUCUGUCAUCAAACUUGAAACUGUACGUCUUAUUGCUCAAAAGAACAAACAUGGACUACUUGAUAUCACACCUUCAGCCAUUGAGCGGUUAAAUUACGUCAAGUGGUAUCCGAUUGUGGUGUUCUUCAAUCCAGAGAACAAACAGGAAGUAAAAGCCAUGCGGCAGCACCUCUACCCUCAGUCAAGGAAAAGCUCCAAGAGUCUCUACAACCAGGCUGUAAAGCUGAGGAAAUACUGGUCUCACCUCUUCACAGGUACAAUAAAUCUGAAUUCUGGUUCUAGUGCAUGGUUUGAAGCUUUGAAAGCAACAAUCAAAGAGCAGCAGACUCAGCCUGUGUGGUUUCCUGAAGAAAAGACUGAAGAAACAGGAACUGAAGGCCUGGAACUGUUGAACCGAUCAACCAGCAUGAGCAUGGAUUACCUGAGCUGUGAUGAGAGCAGAGCAAACAGUGAUUAUGAGGACACAGACGCAGAAGGUGGAGCUUACACAGAUAAUGAACUGGAUGAAAGGCUAGAUGAGCCUGCAAUCACUAGGUCUUCUGAACCAAUCAGGACUGAAGCAUCCCAAAUCUCUAUAGCAACAGCCCAUGCAACACCAACGACCUACUCACAGGCCCAGCCUCAGGGUCAGCAAAGGGGUCCUCAAUUCACAAGGCUAAAUGAACAGGAUCUCAAUGCAAUCAAGUCCAGGCGAGAUUUAAUCUACAGUUCAGAUGAAGAUGAUGAUGAUGAUGAUGAGUGGAAUGGGCCAGCCACCGAGCUGUAAGUGAAGCCCCAUCAAAAAGCCACUCCUGCAAUGGAACAGUGUUUAAACAAAGGACAGUUUUGCUGCUCUCAAACAGUAACCAAAUUGUUUUUAACUCCUUCAUAAAUGAUUUUUAAACACUAACAUAGCAUUGUUACACCUUAGUCAUAAACUAUUUCCACCUCUCAAUAAUUAGGGAAGAGGUAAGUGCUUUGGCAUGUAUGAUAGCUCACCUCCCAAAACACUUGAUGGAUUAAUAUAUCAUAUAUCAUUCAGAAUGGUACAUGCCUGGACGGUUCCACAUUCAAUAUCUGGUCAGUGUGGAGUUAACUGAUCGUUGAGAUGGUUUUUGGGCUACAAUUGGUUUAUAGUCUCCCAAGUCCAGGGGAAAGCAGCCAGGGUUACUGUGUUGAUGGUUAUUCAGUAGCUCCUAUUGGAAGAUUCCUGUUUGUGUGAAUGCCACUUGCACUCUGUUGAUUUCCCAAACCAACUGUUGAACCUGGGAUUCUCCGAUCCUUGUGCUUAUUAUAGAGCCAUCUUUGUAAGUCUUUUCAUAUACGUUUUUUAUUAAAACCAAAUGAACUCUA